AUGUCUUUUAUGAUAUAUCUUCAUAUUAUUCAAUACAUUGGAUUUAUCGGUGCCCAAUUUUCCAACUCAAUUCUUGUUUAUUUAAUUGUGACAAAAGCGAAAAAGCUGUUCGGAACUUAUCGGUAUGUCAUGUUCAGUUUUGCUGUGUACUUUUCGUUGUACGAGUGGAUCGAGAUUUUGACUCAGCCGAUAAUCCAUAUCAAAAGCCCGGCGUGCGUUGUUCUCAUGGAAAGUCCAUUAAAAUACAAUCCCAUACUUGGCUAUCACAUAACUUGUCUCUACUGCGGCUCGUUUGCUCUUGUGAUAUCCCUUCUAGCUGCACAAUUCAGCUAUCGCUACGUGGCAGUUUGCAGACCAAAUUUUCUAGCUCAUCACGAGGCAGCUAUUCUCUGUGGAAUUUUCAUCCCUUGUCUAGUUUGCUUCAUUGCGUGGUACCUUUUUGUGUUUUACGGAAUGUCGAAUAGUAUUGAAAAGCAAAUGUAUUUGAAGAACGAACUGAAAACAUAUUACAAUGAGGACUCGACAAAAGUUCCAUUUAUCGCUGUGAUGUACUGGUCGAUUGAUGAAAAUGGGCGGAAGAUCUGGAGGUUUUGGGAUCUUAUGCUGCUGGUUGCUUGUGUUGUCACUAUUUGUGGAUGUUUUGCAAUUAUAGUUUUCUGUGCGAGUAAAAUUUAUUUGAAAAUGCAAAAGGCAGGAAACAACAUGAGCAAGAGGACCAUCGAGUUGAAUCGACAACUUUUCGCUACAUUGACUUUCCAAACAGUUCUCCCACUGUUCAUGAUGUACAUCCCAGUCAGUUUGGAAGUCACAUUACCGCUACUUGAAAUUGAAACUGGUUAUUUGGCAAGCUUCACUGCUGGCAGCCUAGCAGUGUACCCGUGUUUAGAACCUCUAAUCGCAAUUUUUUGCAUCAGAGAGUUCAAGAAAGCCGUUCUUUGCUGUGCGGAAAGAAGACUUCAUACAGCCACAUCUCGUUAUUCGGCUUAUCAAACAUCCGGUGGAAAACCGAAAAUCGUUUCUGGAAACAAGAAGACAUAA